GGGUCUUCCGAGCUUCGGAACGUCAGCACGUCGACGCGGGGGUUUUCUCUGGAGUCCCACCAACGCCGCUCCGGUGUUCCUGAGCCUGGGUUCGGGCUGUCCCGGGGCGGCGGGCGGACGCGGUUAGGGACCGGACCCAGCGAUCCGUCCCGGUCGCCGCCCUCCCGGCCUGCCCUCUGUCCAGUCCACCUUAGGGGAGCCUGAGGACUUGGGGGCCCCUGAGCCGGGCCGGGGAGCUCGGGGCCCAUCCCCUCCCGAGGCUCGGAUGGGAGGUGGCGGGAGGAGAGACCUGGGAUGUUCAAUCUGAUGGCCAACUGCUGCAACUUGUUCAAGCGGUGGCGGGAGCCUGUCAGAAAGGUGACACUGGUGAUGGUCGGACUUGAUAAUGCUGGUAAAACAGCCACAGCAAAGGGAAUCCAAGGAGAGCAUCCUGAAGACGUAGCUCCUACUGUUGGAUUUUCUAAAAUUGAUCUGAGACAAGGAAAGUUCGAAGUCACUAUCUUUGACUUAGGAGGUGGAAAAAGAAUUCGGGGAAUUUGGAAGAAUUAUUAUGCUGAAUCCUAUGGAGUAAUAUUUGUUGUGGAUUCCAGUGAUGAGGAGAGAAUGGAAGAAACAAAGGAGACAAUGUCUGAAGUACUAAGACACCCGAGGAUAUCAGGGAAGCCUAUUCUGGUGUUGGCAAAUAAACAAGACAAGGAGGGGGCUUUAGGAGAAGCUGAUGUGAUUGAGUGUCUCUCUCUGGAAAAGCUGGUCAAUGAGCACAAGUGCCUGUGUCAGAUAGAACCUUGUUCAGCAGUCUUGGGAUAUGGAAAGAAAAUUGACAAGUCUAUUAAAAAGGGGCUUUAUUGGCUACUGCAUAUCAUUGCAAAAGACUUUGAUGCCUUAAGUGAACGCAUCCAGAAAGACACAACUGAACAGCGAGCUCUCGAGGAACAAGAGAAACGAGAGCGGGCUGAACGAGUCCGGAAGUUACGGGAAGAGAGAGAACGAGAGCAGACAGAACUUGAUGGGACCAGUGGUCUGGCUGAGAUGGACUCAGGACCAGUUCUUACGAAUCCUUUCCAACCCAUAGCAGCUGUAAUCAUUGAGAAUGAAAAGAAGCAAGAAAAAGAGAAAAAGAAGCAGACCACGGAGAAGGACAGUGAUGUCAGCCCCACAGAACAUAAGGUGGAGCCCGAGCAAGCCGAGUCGCAGAGUGAAGCAGGUGUCUGCCUCCAAAACCCUGACGGGGGCGUGGUGAACAGCGACAAGGAGGCACUGUCCCAGCAGCUGGACAAUGAGGAUGAGCAUGACCAGCGAGCAUCAGAGUCAGGGGAUAACAGUAAGAAGAAAACCAAGAAACUAAGAAUGAAAAGGAGUCACCGGGUAGAACCAGUCAAUACAGAUGAGUCUGCUCCUAAGAGUCCCACGCCGCCCCCACCUCCCCCUCCUGUUGGCUGGGGAACCCCCAAAGUCACUAGACUUCCAAAACUUGAGCCUCUUGGUGAAACACGUCAUAAUGAUUUCUAUGGGAAGCCGCUGCCUCCCCUGGCUGUGCGACAGAGACCUAAUGGUGAUGCUCAGGAUGUGACCUUAUAACCAAAUUGUACGGGUUGGUGUUUCUAAUAUCAGCAAGAUGAGCUGAGACCUUUCCCCAAAGCAGAAAAGCCCUGAAUGCCGAUGACUGGGGCAUGACAACCAUAAUGAUUUCAGGGAGGGAAGAAUAUCCAAGAACUCGACCUGAUGAUUUACUUCUCCAUGUUCUGUGUUUAAAGCAGAAAGGAAACAAAAUGACCAGUAGCUGACAAGAGCAUCUGGCCAACUUAGCAAGUCAUGGUAUUGAUUCUUUGGUUUACACAUCCCAACUUUUGGACAUACUCCUGAAGAAAAAACCUCAGAAGUUGAGCCAAUGGACUCUACAUACCUGAUUAUUUAAUAAUCUGUAUUUCUAUGCAUUAAACAUGUUUUAUAAUAUACAUGUACAUGAAAGGGGAAUUCCUGGGAAUUUAUAACCUAAAUUUUAACUAUUUUUAUAUUUUUUCUAAACCAUUUGUUUAAGUUUGCUAUUGUAUUGACUGUGCACUUUCUACAAAUGCUCCGUUUAAACUAUCUGGAUAGAAAGUUGAUUUCCUGAACACAUGAGGUGUACAAGCAGGUAUGCUUUGUGAAACAUUGUUUCUAAAAUUUACACUCUAUCUUGAUGUAAUUUUAAAAUAGUCACUAUUUUAAAAAGCAAAUUCUCAGAUCUUUAAUCUAUCAAAUUACAUGAUUGCAAAGUUGUACACAAGGAGAGAAUUCAGUUCUGUUGUCACUGUUUGUUUUCCUUGGUGUUGAUCUCAAUAAAUGUUAAGACAUGUGAGAUGCCUUUAAGAAAACAACUAAAUUUGUUAAAUUAAUAAAAAUGUAUCCCGUGAGAUAUGAUUUAAAGUCCUGAUAGAGCCCCCAAGGGGCCAGACAUUUUCUGAGCUCAGGGGCCCUUUACAUGUUGUCUGUUAGUGGCUUCAUUCACUGCUUUGGGUGGUUUUUCUUUGUUCAUGCUGUGAAAUUAAAGGUAAAAGACUGUAAAGGCUCCUGCAGGUCUAGAGACCUCAGGUUUCCAGCCAGCACAGCCACACAUAUGAAAAUAUUGACUCAAGUCCUUUCAUAAAGCACAAGUUUUAACAUGACUUAAUUUUCGAUGACAACACUUGUUCUGCUCUUGAGUGCCAGUAAGGCUCUCUGUCCAUCUGUUCUUUACCAAAACGUGUAGAGAUAGUUUAAAAAUGGAUUUAUAAUGUAAUAUUCAAUCGGAGGCAUGCCUUUCAGUCAAGGUGAACAUAACAAAGAUCAAGUCCCUUAUAACCAUGUUAAGAUUGGUACCAUAUACCGGCAGUGGACAUACACUGGAUGCUGAAUGUAAGUCCACCUAAGGUAGAUUGAUCUGAUCAUUUGCCUUUUAAAUGUUUAUAAUAUAUUGUGUUCACACUUUAGCAACCUGGACCCGGAUCAAUCAGGUCACAUAAUGCUAGUCAGCACUGGUAGAGUUUCUGUGGGCUUGUGCAUGAUACGUACCUCGCACACUGAGGGGGGAAAAAGGUUCAAUUUCUAUGCAAAACCCAUAUGCAGAAUUAGCAGGUGUCUUAGAUAAGAGAAUCACAAGACAGGAUGUAAAUUAACUGGAUUUUAGAGGAAAAAGUGCUCACCUUCUUGGUUUAUUUUGUAAUAUUUAAAUUCCCUUUUAAAACUAAACUGAAAUUUUUGCUAUCUUUUCAUCUGGUUUGAAGAUAUUCUUGCUUCCUAUCAAGUUUACUCUAAAGUACAAUAAUUACCGACUCUAUUUCAUAAAAACAGUUUUGAAAUUGAAUGUAACAUAAACCGGAAUCGAUGUUUUCUAUGGCACUCUCAAAAAAUUAAUAUGUUUUCUUAAAGCUGUAUAAAAAAAUUCUUUUAAAACUGUUUUGUAAAUCCUGUCAGAUUUUAAUAUUUCAUUGCUUAUUUUGUUAUAUUACACAUUUUCAUUCUUAUCCAUCAUGAAUUAUAACAUUUCACACAAUAAAAAAAUUAUUUAUAACCAUA